ACUGCCGGACCCACACGCACUGGUUUCUCAUCCAUCCAUUCUAUUCGACGGCCACUCCGCAAAACCCCCACUGGCAAUGGCGCUCUCCUCCUACUUGCUCGCCGGCAGCCGAGCAGCCUCCCCUUCCCUCCCCUCCCUUCCCUCACUCCGCCGCCGCAGCUGCCACCGUCCGCCGCCCCUUGCCACAACCCCGCCCCCACUCCCUUCCACCCAGCGAUGGCGCCGCUCGCUCCGCUUCUGCGCCUCCUCCCCCUCCUCGUCGCCCCCGCCGCCCGUGCCGCCCGAGGACGAGGAGCCCGUGGACUACGAGCUGUCGGAGAGUAGUGGAAAUUGUGACCCUUUAUGCUCCGUUGAUGAAGUUAGCUCACAGUAUUUUGAAGCUAACUACAAGCCAAAGAAUGAUCUUGUUAAAGCUUUAACUAUCCUUGCAACGGCUUUGGCUGGGGCAGCUGCAAUAAACCAUUCCUGGGUCGCUGCUAACCAGGACAUUGCAAUGGUGCUAGUAUUUGCUCUUGGGUACGCAGGUAUCAUUUUUGAGGAAUCACUGGCAUUUAACAAAAGUGGAGUUGGAUUACUGAUGGCUGUUUGUCUAUGGGUUAUCAGAAGUAUCGGGGCUCCCUCGACCGAUGUAGCUGUUCAAGAGUUGAGUCGGAGUACUGCUGAAGUUAGUGAAAUAGUGUUUUUCUUGCUUGGUGCAAUGACCAUUGUGGAGAUUGUUGAUUCACAUCAAGGUUUUAAGCUGGUGACUGACAAUAUAUCUACUAGAAAUCCUAAAACACUUCUCUGGGUGAUUGGCUUUGUAACCUUCUUUUUGAGUUCUGUCUUGGACAACUUGACUUCGACUAUUGUGAUGGUGUCCUUGCUCCGGAAACUAGUACCUCCAUCAGAGUACAGAAAGUUGCUAGGUGCUGUUGUUGUAAUUGCGGCUAAUGCUGGGGGUGCAUGGACACCAAUUGGUGAUGUGACAACCACUAUGUUGUGGAUUCACGGUCAGAUUACGACUUUAAAAAUAAUGCAGGGCUUGUUUGUCCCUUCCGUAGUUUCAUUGAUGGUCCCACUGGCCCUGAUGUCCCUCACCAGUGAAGCAAAUGGAUCGUCUCAGGAAUCUUCAAGUUUGCUGUCAUCAGAGCAAAUGGCUCCUCGAGGACAACUUGUAUUUGCUGUUGGACUUGGAGCCCUAGUGUUUGUUCCAGUGUUUAAAUCUCUCACUGGAUUGCCACCUUUCAUGGGGAUGCUCCUUGGUCUUGGCAUUCUCUGGAUUCUGACAGAUGCGAUACAUUAUGGAGAAUCUGGAAGGCAGAGAUUGAAAGUUCCACAAGCGCUUUCACGGAUUGAUACACAAGGAAUUCUAUUCUUCUUAGGUAUUCUGUUGUCGGUUGGCAGCUUGGAAGCAGCAGGGAUUUUGAGGCAGUUGGCGAACUAUCUUGAUGCCAAUAUUCCAAACGCUGACCUCAUUGCAAGUAUCAUUGGUGUAGCAUCAGCAAUUAUAGACAAUGUUCCACUUGUUGCUGCAACCAUGGGGAUGUAUGACCUGACUUCAUUUCCUCAAGAUUCAGAUUUCUGGCAGCUUGUUGCGUUCUGUGCUGGUACGGGUGGUUCGAUGCUUAUCAUCGGCUCUGCAGCAGGAGUGGCUUUUAUGGGAAUGGAAAAGGUGGAUUUCUUUUGGUACCUUCGCAAGGUGAGUGGUUUCGCCCUUGCAGGUUAUGUAGCUGGCAUCAUCACUUACCUAGCUGGUCAGAACAUCCAUCUAUCUCUUCCCACUUCACUGGCGGAGAUCCCGUUUAUCACGGGUUCGUAAAAGGCUGGCCACGGUGGUCCUGUACUGUAAGAAGAUGUUACAGUAGACCGAGAAGAACACGCGAGCACACUGGCAGCAGAGAAACGGUUUUUACAACCUGGUCACUUGGCUCAUAAUACAUACGGGUUGAAAUAAGCGAGUCGUGAAACCACGCCCUGAUUGAGCUCCUUGGCCCCUUUGAGAUUUUGUGUAGUGGUACUGAAAGGCUUGGUGCGGUGUUGAUGCGAGUCAAAUGUGGUAGGCUAGAGCAGAAUGGUUAUGUAAAUUAAGCUGGUAGUGAUCUAUGUCCCUGUCAACAGGGGACAAAAACAUGUACUCUGAAUUCCUAUGAUGAGUUUUGAGCUGUCUGCAUGUUGUAA